GAAGCAGCAAAAGAGGGCGAAGCUCUUGAGGGUGAGGCUGCUGCCGGCACAGAGGUGGAUAAGCGAAGAGCUCCAAAAAACAAGGCCAAAGAGGAAAGCGUGGUUCGCACAGUGAUCUCCUUCGACAAGGGCGGUGUGUGGUCAUACCUGAAGCCGCCGCGCGUAGACUCGACGGGAAAGCAGAUUGACUGCCCUCCAGACAAGUGCUGGCUGCACUUGCACGGGAUCACGAAUUUUCAUAACUACGCGCCUUUCUACUCCACUGACAAUGCCAUCGGCAUCAUCAUGGGCACUGGCAAUGUUGGCCCCUACUUGCGCUUUGAGCCAGAUCAGACCAACACCUACUUGUCCCGCGAUGGUGGCCUCACGUGGCUUGAAGCGCACAAAGGUGCUUUCAUCUAUGAGUAUGGCGACCAUGGCGGUCUAGUCGUCAUGGCGGAUGAUGUGCGAAAGACUAAGCUGGUCGUUUUCUCUUGGAACGAAGGACAGAGCUGGUAUGACUUCGAGCUCUCCUCGAUGCCCAUAGAGGUGGACAACAUCGUCACAGAGCCGAAUGCAACUUCCACCAAGUUCCUUCUUUACGGAACGCGCGGAGACACGGGCGUGAUGUACCACCUGAACUUCGAGACCUUGGGACAACCGCUGUGCAAGGGCGUUUGGGCUGCGGACUCCGUGUCCUCUGACUAUGAGACAUGGAGUCCAUCAGAUGGGAAGAGCACCGAAAAAUGCCUCAUGGGCAAGCAGGUGACUUAUACCAGACGAAAGCAGACUUCCGAAUGUUUUAACGGCGAGAAGUUCGAGCGCCCGAUCAGCAAGAAG